CUAAAGUAAAAGAACAUAGAACGAGUGAAGUACGUAGAGAUAAAAUUAUAGAACAAGAAUGAAGGUAGCACAGGUACUGCACAUGAACGGUGGCGUUGGACACGCAAGCUAUGCAAACAACUCCCUUCUUCAGCAAAAGGUGAUUUGUUUGACAAAGCCCAUAAGAGAGGAAGCCAUAACAAGCCUCUAUUGCAACACCGUCCCCAGAAGCUUGGCGGUUGCAGAUUUGGGUUGCUCUUCUGGACCAAACACUUUGCUUGUUGUGUCUGAAUUCAUCAAAAUUGUGGAGAAGCUUUGUCGGGAGCUAAACCAUAAAUCUCCAGAAUACAAGGUCUUUCUGAAUGAUCUUCCUGGGAAUGACUUCAACAACAUCUUCAAGUCCCUUGAUAGCUUCAAAGAGAAGUUGUGUGAUGAAAUGGAAAGUGGGAUUGGUCCAUGCUACUUCUCUGGGGUUCCUGGUUCUUUCUAUGGCAGGGUUUUCCCAAAUCAAAGUCUUCAUUUUGUCCAUUCCUCUUAUAGCCUUCACUGGCUAUCUAAGGUUCCGGAGGGUGUAGACAACAACAGGGGCAAUGUUUACAUUGGCAGUACAAGCCCGACAAAUGUUGCAAGAGCUUACUAUGAGCAAUUUCAAAGAGAUUUCUCUCUUUUUCUCAAGUGUCGUGCAGAGGAAUUAGUUAAAGGAGGUCGUAUGGUUCUAACAUUUUUGGGAAGAAGAAGCGAUGAUCCCUCUAGCAAAGAUGGUGGCUACGUUUGGGAGCUUAUGGCUACUGCUCUUAACGAUAUGGUCUUGCAGGGAAUCAUAAAAGAAGAGCAGUUAGAUACUUUUAACAUUCCUCUAUACACUCCAUCUCCAUCUGAAGUGAAAUUGGAAGUUCUUAAAGAAGGUUCAUUUGCCAGCAAUCGUCUAGAGGUGUCUGAAGUGAAUUGGAAUGCUUUUGAUGACUGGAACGCUCUUGAAUUUGAAUCUGAAAGGUCUGAUACACUUAGUGAUGGCGGAUACAAUGUGGCACAGUGCAUGAGGGCUGUGGCAGAACCAAUGCUUGUCAGCCACUUUGGUGAAGCUAUCAUUGAAGAGGUUUUUAGCCGCUACCAACAAAUCUUGACUGAUCGUAUGUCCAAGGAGCAAACUAAGUGCAUCAAUGUCACCGUAUUAUUGACUAGAAAAGCAUAAGCAAGAAGUUUGCAUCUAUAUAGGGUUUCUCAAAAUGGGAUUGUUGUAGUCAUAGUUUAAAAAUCUGGCUCGACUAGGCUUGUCGGAUCGAGAUCUGAUGACAUAACCCGUCCGAUUUGAUUAUUGGACCGGUUAUGCAUUUGGUCCAGAAUAAUCCGGUCCAACCCGCCCGAUUUGGAGUAAAUUCGGCGAUCCUGUCCGAUAUUUCCAUUUCGCCUAAAAAAGAAAACAAAAAAAAAUGUUAAAAAAACCUAAGACUUAAGUAUUUGUGUUAUACUCCAAAGAUUAAGGCAGUCGAUGUGAGACUUAAGUAUUUUUCAAUAAUAUAUAUUGGAUCAAAUCGAGCUAAUAACUGGCCUACCGGUUAGAACACUGACUCACUACCUCAACUGGGUCAAUGACAGGAAGAGAUUAACUUUGGCUGCUCUGAGUUGUGACUUUUUGCUUGUUCGUUUUUCUUCUAGCAAUUAGCUAGAUGUUAAGUUGGAGAAAAAUAAAACUAGUAUUGUGUGGUUCAGUAGAAACUUUUUUAAUAUUCUAUUAUGUAAUAAAAUUAUUAAUUUAUGUGAG